AUCGAGACCCCUACCUGCCUGCCUGCCUGUUCCUUUGCACCGCGUGCGCACCGCGCAGUCGCCAGACAUCAUGGAUCCGGCGGGUCUGCUACCCGGCGAUGUGCUCGCGGACGUCCUCCGGCGCCUGAUGCCGCGCAGCCUCGCCGCCUGCCGCUCCGUCUGCAAGGAGUGGUGUGCCGUCGUCGACGCCCACCGCCUGCUGCGAAAGGACCUCCUGCCGCUCUCCCUGGCCGGCAUCUUCGUUGUCUACCGCUUCGUUGACGGCGAGCACUUCCCCUCGGCGUUCCUCUCGCGCCCCUCCGUCGUGGGCAAGAUCCAGGGUAACCUCGGCUACCUCGACGACGUCCACAAUGACUGGUCCCACAUGACGGGUCACUGCAACGGCCUCCUCCUCCUCUGGGGAGGCGUGGCCAAUCCGGCCACGCAACAGUGGGCUAGUCUACCGCGUCACCCUGAUCGGACCCCGACCAAAGGCUUCAUCAAAUACGACUUCCUCGCGUUCCUAUGGUCUCGCCACAUUUUGAGGUGUUCUUCAUGCAGUGUGUUAGGCGCAGGUAUGGGAACCGAUACGAGAACGAAGCUGAAUUGGUCCCCGCGAACCCAAACUCAGAGUGGCCUCCAUCGCCUUACACUAUGAGCGCAUUCUCGUCAAAGACCUGGCGGUGGGAGGAAAGAUCUUUUAUCAGAGAAGGGAUGGCUCCACGGUCCAUCGACCCCAAGCUACUACCGCUCAUGAAAGAUGUGCUCUCUCAUGAUGCUGUGUAUUGGCGGGGCCGGCUCUAUGUGUACAACAUAUUUUUUGUUAUCAGAUUUAGAGGAUAAUAAGAACCGAGUAAUUGAACUCCCCCCAAUGAUAAAUGAAGCACGUGGGGAUAUUUUGCCUCAUCUGGGAAAAUCAGAGAAGGGCGUUUACUAUGGGUUCCUCCACGGUGAUUGGUGCAAGCUUCAGAUUUGGUUCCUUAAUGAAUCAAUUGAUCACACUGAGUGGAUGUUGAAGCAUGAGAUGGACCUCAAGCCGUUGCUAGAAAAUUUUCCUUGGGAGCACGGUUAUGGCUCUUGGUUCGUACAGGGUGCGAGGGAUAACAAUGAUGAAGCAGUAGACAAAGAGAAACCGGAAUGGGAUUCAGACAAUGAUGAUGCCACCACUGCUACUGAAGUUAGUGUUAAGGAAAACUUCCCUGGUUAUAUUUCUACGAUACUCGGAUUUCAUCCUUACAAGGAGAUUAUCUUUUUGCGACUGUCGCACACAAGAGUAAUGGCCUACCAUCUUAGUAGCUCCAAGGUUGAGGAUCUGGGAUGUUUACCCUUAGAUGGUGAUGAUUGGAUAAAGUCGUCUGUUGUAUA